GGACCCGCAUCGUGAACUACGAGAGUCAGUUGGAGAAACAAGCGAUUUGUACGAUGAAGUGUGUUGCUUGAACCAUCUGAGUUUUGCAUGUUCAUUGGGCACCGAUGGAUUCAGCUUCUAUGCAAGUAGCAACCUCAAAAUUUGUUCUUUGCCCCAAUGCUUCAGCGGCUAAGGUUGCAGGUUCCAAGAAGAUUGCCACCGUCAAUUUCAGGUCCAAAUUCAAAGGAUGUGAAACCAAAAUCCAUGUCGUUUCCUCAAAUGGCUCUGUCUCUAGCUCCUCUUCGCGUCGGUCUGUAUCAAGUUUGAAAGCAGAUGAUAACAAACGCAGAAGUAAUCUUGAAUCUCUGUUUUGUUAUGAUAAAGCCAUUCCAGAAGAAAUAAUUGAGAAGCCUGUUGGGCUAUCUUUGGAAGAAAAAUCUAUUGGUAACAAUUCCAGAUGCACUGAUUGCGAGGCCAAAGGUGCUGUGCUUUGUGUCACUUGUGCUGGUUCUGGUCUAUACGUUGAUUCCAUAUUGGAAAGCCAGGGCAUAAUUGUUAAAGUUCGUUGCUUAGGCUGUGGGGGAACAGGCAAUAUAAUGUGUGCAGAAUGUGGCGGACGAGGUCAUCUGGGACCUAAAUGAUCAAAGUCUUCACGUUUUUGAAUUUUGUUGUACAACCAAUAUGUAGUCUUUUUGGCUGAUAUUGCAUGUAACCAUUUUAUUUUUAUUGUUUUGUAAAUCAAGGAGUCGUCAUGCCUGAAAAAAAAAUAAGAUAUUUACAAAAUUCUCUGCUAUUUCUAAAGCAUGAGCUUGUAAUCAGAUCAGAUGGCUGUCAUAUUUAUUCUUAAUUAUGUGAUUCCUCGAAGUACUUGUAAUAAUACUUUUACAUGAAAGUUACAGACAGUUGAUUUAUUUCUUUAAGGAAAAUUGUGUCCCUUUUGAUUUGUA